UAAUUUAACAAAGCGCGCUGUGAUGUGUAAGUCAGACUGUAAUGGUUAAUGAUUUGGCACCGUGUGUUUAACUGACAAUGACACCCGUAACGACAAACUGAAGUCAUUAUUACAAGAUGGCUGUCAGUAAUAUUUUCGGUUUGGUUCUUAUAUUAUUGGUUCCGGAAACGAAAGCCGAUGCGAUAUGCUACCACUUAAAUGGCGUUUAUGGAUAUAUUGAGUACACAGGCUACUGUUAUCAGGGAUGCUGUAGUUCCCAGUGCUGUGAAAACACCACGACAGAGGCCCCAAGGCUAGACGAUAGUACCGUGGCCGCUAUAGUUCUUGGCUGUGUGCUUGGCUUUGCACUGCUGGUCGCCAUCAUCGUCAUCAUCGGCUUAUGUUGUUACUAUAAACAGAACACGAGGAACCAGAUCCAGUGUGGACAGGUGUUGAGUGCCCCACAGACCUAUCCACUGAUGUUUCAAGGUACUUACUCCCAUACCCCUCCAGGUCAUCUGUCUCCAUUCUCACACAAUCACAUGCUUGGUGUCUCAUUUCGUCCGUCACACGGAUUAUUUCAGUCCGACUUAGGAGGUCAACAUGCACGAAUCGAAAUGACCCAGUUCCCGAACGGACAGCGAAAUGACCCUCUUGGUUAUCACCCCGAACUUGAAACGACCCAGUUCAACCAUGGACAGCAAAAUGACCCACCAGGUUAUGAACCCUUACCAGACACAACCAACGGAACUCCGCCUUUAGCAGCCCAUCCGGAUGAAAAGCAUUAAUGAUGAUGAAUUGAUACACGUGACGAACAAACUCUGUAUAAAAAGGGGGUUUAAGACAUUCAAAUACUUAAAGUGUUUUCCAUAAGAUGAUAUUUACAAUUCGACUGCAAGUUCCUCUUUGACUAUUACCAUUAGAAAUUGCGUUCAUAAGGCUAUGAACGCACGCAAUUAUAGAUCAGCGUCAUUUCGACGUUUCUCCUCUCUCUUCGGAUGACACGAGACACCCGUUAGGAACAAAUAUUUUGGUGACGUAAGGUCGUUCCAGGAAUAUCGUUUGCGCUGACGACAUAAACACGUAAAUAUCAAUCUCUAUAUUUGAGUCAAUAAUAAGUAUAAAUUUAGAUGUAAAUAUAAGGACUGAGUGGCAUUGUUUUCAAUGUUCAUGCCAGUAUGAACGCAAAUCGAUUACAUACAUAUUUACCAUGAAGCCCUAGCUGGCUUCAUAGAAUAUAUAUUACCACUUUGCGUUCAUGACAGCAGGAAAUUGAAAAAGAUGCGGUGUUAUCCUUAUGUAAAUGACUGACAUGAAAGUACGGUAAAAGAUCCGUAUGAUUGAAAAUGAAAUUUCAAAUUGACUUAUAAAUAUCGUGAAAAUGAAAUCCCCUCAAUUGAGGUGUAAUUAAUACAAAGGUUUCACCGGAAACAGGACCACACAAACACACAGUCAUGUAAAUAAUGCAAAUAACCUGUUAGAACAAUGGAAAUUACUGAUUUGUGAAACAUG